AUGGAGUUCGACUUCGAUGAGGUUGAGGACGAAGAAGACAGCCCGUUCCCCGAGGUCCGCGCGUCAGUAUCAAAUACGGACGACCCGGAGAUGCCAGCUACGACGGCGAGGAUGUGGUUCCUCGGUUUGCUGCUGACACUGGCCGCCGGGUCCGCCAACAUCUUCUUCAACUUCCGACAACCGGCGCCGUCCAUUGUAUCCAACGUGCUCCUCCUCAUUUGCCAUCCACUCGGCAAGCUGCUGGCAUUGUCACUCCCAAUACGCACGUACAGACUGCCUCGCUGGCUAGCUCCGAUUGGACUUGGCGGCUAUGAAUUCUCGCUCAACCCUGGACCGUGGAACAUCAAGGAACACGCUCUGGUAUACAUCAUGGCGAACGUGUCUAUCGGAGUACCGGCCGCGCUCAACGCAGUCGUGGUCGCGGAGAUCAACUACGGCGUGAAACUUGGCUACGGGUUCAAUGCGAUGCUGAUCCUCGCGACGCAGCUCACUGGUUUCUCGCUCGCGGGAUUGUGCCGGCGAUAUCUCGUUUGGCCCGCGAGUAUGGUCUGGCCGCAAAACCUGAUCGUGUGCACUCUGCUGAACACGCUCCACGCGGAAGAAGAGGACGCGCGAGGAGGCAUUUCGCGGUUCAGAUUCUUCUGCUAUGCAGCGCUCGGCGCGUUCUUCUGGUUCUUCCUGCCGGGCUACCUCUUCCAGGCGCUCUCGAUAUUUUCGUUCGUGUGCUGGAUCAGGCCUAACGACAUUGUCGUCAACCAGCUCUUCGGCACGUCUGGUGGUCUCGGCAUGAGCAUCCUGACGUUCGACUGGUCCCAGAUCACCUGGAUCGGCAGCCCGCUCAUGGUGCCAUGGUGGGCUGAGGUGCAGAUUUUCGCCGGUUUCUUCAUCGUGUACUGGAUCCUUUGCCCGAUCUUGUACUACACGAACUCUUGGGAUCUGUCGUUCUUCCCGAUGAUGGACAACCAGCCGUACGACCGCUUCGGGGUGCCGUACAACAUCACGCGGGUACUCACCCCCGAGCACACGUUCGACUUGGAGGCUUACACAAACUACUCACCCCUGUACCUCCCUGCGUCAUACGCGAUCACGUACCUGAUCGCGUUUGCCCUGUCGUCGGCCAUGAUCGUGCACACUCUACUGUAUCACGGGCGUACUGUGCUUCACGGCUUCAUGCAUACGCGUAUCGAGAAGGACGACAUCCACGCGAAGCUUAUGCGCGCGUACCCGGAGGUGCCCGAUUGGUGGUACCUGCUCACGUUCGUUGCCUGCUUCGCGCUUGCGAUCAUCACUGCCGAGGUGUGGCACACCGGGAUCCCUGUGUGGGCGCUGAUUCUUGCCAUCGCACUUCCCGUGACGUAUAUCAUCCCAUCCGGAUAUGUGUAUGCCAUGACGGGACAGAAUAUCACGAUCAACUUGCUAGCGCAGAUCAUCCCUGGUAUGAUCCUUCCUGGAAAGCCUGUGCCGAACAUGCUCUUCAAAGCGUACGCGGUGCAAACUCUCGCAGAAGGCACAGCAUUCGUGCAGGACCUGAAGCUCGGCCAUUACAUCAAGCUUCCUCCACGCGCAACAUUUAUGGUGCAGUUGAUGUCUACCGUCCUCGUGGGCCUUUUGCAAGUGGGCGUCAAGGAGUGGAUGUUCAGCAACAUCGAGGACAUCUGUACGCCGAAGCAACGGGAUUUCCUGACUUGCCCGCACAACCAGGUGCAGUACACGACAUCGGCGGUGUGGGGUCUCAUCGGUCCUGCGAGGCAGUUCGGCGCACAGUCCAUCUACCACCCCCAACUCUACGCCAUCGCCAUCGGCGGUAUUCUCCCGAUUCCGUUUUGGCUGUGGCAGCGGAGGUGGCCAAAUCACUGGAACAAAUACGUCUCCAUGCCGAUCAUGCUGAACGGCAUCGGUCUCAUCCCGCCUGCGACUGGAAUCAACUACUCGUCAUGGUUCCUCGUCGGGUUCAUCUUCCAGUUCCUCAUCCGCAGACGCAACUUCGCAUGGUGGACGAAGUACAACUACAUCCUGACGGCGGCCUUCGACUGCGGAACAGUGCUGUCGCUCCUCCUGAUCUUCUUCACGUUGCAAUUCCCCAAAGGCGGGUUCAAUGUGAACUGGUGGGGCAACACGGUGUUCACCGAGACUGCGGACUGGAAACGUCUCGCAUUGCGAAGCGUGCCCGACGGUGGCAUCAGGUAG